GUGGUUUUCCCUGGGGCAGGAGGAUGGAUGCUGGCCAGGCUGUGCAGGGCUGGGCUGCGCAGGAGCCAGCUCCUCCCUCUCGCUAUUUAUUCCUCACCAUAGCUCUGCGUCGAGGCUGAAUCACCCUGAACCGAGCAAGCAACGGGCUCCCAGCUGCAUUUCCAAGCAGAGACAAACCAGCUCCAAGCCUGAGGAAGCAGCUCCUGGUUCCCAUCGCACGCAGAGGUUCCUGCCAGUGACUGCACUUAGUGGGGGCGAAGCCCGGCUGCCCGAGGAGCUCGGUAAUUAGCAGCGCCAACGCACUCUGCCCUUUGCCUUGUUUGUCAGCGCUGGUCCCUGCGGACGUGAUCCGAGGAACAGCCAUGGCCCGGCCCCUUGUCACCUGUUGGCUUGUGGCUCUGCUCCUUGGCACCUGGAGCGACGUCGCCUUCUCCAAGAAGAGCAAAGGCAAACCCAGCGGAGGCGGGUGGGGCACAGGAAGCCACCGACAGCCCAGCUACCCCCGCCAGCCUGGCUACCCCCAAAAUCCCAGCUACCCUCACAACCCAUCGUACCCCCACAACCCAUCGUAUCCCCACAACCCAUCGUACCCCCACAACCCAGGGUGGGGACAGGGCUACAACCCUGGAGGAGGUUACUACAACCAAAAGCCAUGGAAGCCCCCAAAAUCCAAGACCAACUUUAAGCACGUGGCCGGGGCCGCGGCAGCAGGAGCUGUGGUGGGAGGGUUGGGGGGCUAUGCCAUGGGACGCGUCAUGUCAGGGAUGCACUACAACUUUGACAGCCCUGACGAGUACCGAUGGUGGAAUCAAAAUGCAGGGCGUUACCCCAACCAGGUUUACUACCGAGAUUACGGCAGCCCCGUCUCACAGGACGUCUUUGUCGCCGACUGCUUUAACAUCACUGUGACCGAACACAACAUCGGCCCUGCCGCCAAGAAGAACGUGUCAGAGAGUGGCCCAGCAGUGAACCAAACAGACAUAGAGAUGGAGACCAAGGUGGUGACAAAGGUGAUCCGGGAGAUGUGCAUCCAGCAGUAUCGUGAGUACCGCCUGGCCUCUGGCAUCCGGCUGCACCUCGCCAAUGCCUCCCUCACCGCCCUCCUCCUCCUCAUGCUCUUCAUCAUGCACUGAUGCUCCCUGGAUCCCAUGGCUUUGAGAUGUCACCCAUGUCCCCGUGGGGACCGCCCAACCCCCCCCAUUCUUGCUUGUGGUCGUCUUUGGUGAAGAGCCCUUGGGGCGUACAGACACCGACCUUUCCAUCAGAGACUCCUGUUUAGGCAACUGGAUGAAAAUUUCCUUCUCCACCUGAAACUUGUCCCCAGCAUGGCAGGACAGUGAUGGAGCUGGAUGCCCCAAAAACGGCCUUUACUUCCUCCUCAGGGCCACCCUGCGAGGUACCAGGCAGAGAGGAUCUCCUUGGCAUCCCUGCAGGAGCAUUCCCGGGAAUCCUCUUUGCUAACAGGCAGCGUUUUAGUCCCGCUGCCACCAAAACCCCUUUCCCCGCGGCACGUCUGUGUCGCGCCGGGGACCUAAAUACCCCAUAAAGGUUUGGGAAGGGUCAGAGAUGGGAUUUGAAAGCAACAAGCUGCCAGGUUGCAAUUUUAACCCUUUAAUCCUAAACCACACCCUUCCUUGUGUACAUACAGAUCUUCCCGCUCUGCACCUUGCAUGCUGCAAGUGCCUCCUGCAGCAAUACACAAAAAUAAAGCGAUUAUUUUUCUCCACAGUGAGGCUAAAACCCUGGCCGGGUUUUGGUUGACCCCUGUGCUGCUUUGCUUUUGGAUAAGCCUCGCUGUCUUACCCUGUCUAAAGGCAAAAAGUGCUGCUGAAUAUCCCCAGAACACCCCAAAGCGGUAACACUUGGUGUGUUAUAGCCUGAGAAAAGGCUAUUUUGGAUGUGCUAGAGGUGACAAGUCAUACUCACUCUUCAGCGCCUUGACCUAAAAGAUGUUCAAAUACAGCAAAAAGGAUGCUUGGAGCAGCGUCAGGCACGUAGCAAGAGAAUUAAAUCAGCUAAAUCACAUGGUUCCAGCAAACAGCAUCAGGAAAACCGAGCCUGGGGUGGGAGAUGCUCACAAACCCCCAUGUUUUGCAAGCAAUUUGUUUAACACGCGGAAGUGGUGGGUGAAAUUCUUGCUUCUCGUCUUCGGGUUGAUGCUGGGUUGUGUAUAACCGGUAGCAUCUGUAGAGUUACGCUUGUCAAACCAGUUGCCCCAGUUCUAUUUAACCUCUCUUGUGUAUUUUUUUUUUGCAAGGCACUGAAUGACACCGUCCUAAAUGACUUUUUGCAUCGGUGUGAGCUAAGUGAAGAGAUAUAUAGAUCUAUAGAUAAUUAUAUAGACAAAACACUUUCAGGAUAUUCACCAGAGAAGCAGGGCUUUGAGGUAACCCGUACUUUGUGAUACGCGAAUGUUUUGUAAGUCUGUAACAAUGCAUGCACGAAAUUUGCCAUUCCAAUACUUUUCUAAGUGUUCGACAUCUGGUACAAAUUAAAUGGAUACAGCUAAGACGCA